AUGACUGAUGAUGAGCUGUCUGCCUUGGUAGUGGAUAAUGGGUCAGGUAUGUGCAAGGCAGGGUUUGGUGGUGACGAUGCCCCCAGGGCUGUUUUCCCUUCCAUGGUAGGACGUCCCCGACAUCAAGGGGUCAUGGUAGGCAUGGGCCAAAAGGACUGCUACGUGGGGGAUGAGGCCCAGAGCAAGAGAGGCAUCCUGACCCUGAAGUACCCCAUUGAGCACGGAGUGGUCACCAACUGGGACGAUAUGGAGAAGAUCUGGCAUCACACAUUCUACAAUGAGCUCCGUGUAGCACCCGAUGAGCAUCCCAUCCUCCUCACCGAGGCACCUCUCAAUCCCAAGAUCAACCGGGAAAAGAUGACUCAGAUCAUGUUCGAGGCCUUCAACACACCUGCCAUGUACGUGGCUAUCCAGGCUGUGCUGUCCCUCUAUGCCUCAGGACGGACCACAGGCAUCGUCAUGGAUUCUGGGGAUGGGGUCACUCACACUGUGCCCAUCUAUGAAGGUUACGCCCUGCCCCAUGCCAUUCUACGUCUGGAUCUAGCAGGCCGAGACCUGACGGAUUACCUCAUGAAGAUCCUGACAGAACGAGGCUAUAACUUCACCACCACGGCCGAGCGAGAGAUAGUGCGGGAUGUCAAAGAGAAGCUGUGCUACGUGGCCCUGGACUUUGAGCAGGAAAUGGUCAGUGCAGCUGCAUCCUCCUCACUGGAAAGAAGCUACGAGCUUCCUGAUGGGCAGGUGAUCACUAUUGGGAAUGAGCGCUUUCGAUGCCCCGAAGCCAUUUUCCAGCCUGCCUUUCUGGGCAUUGAGUCCAGUGGGAUCCACGAGACAACCUUCAACUCUAUCAUGAAGUGUGAUGUGGAUAUUCGCAAGGAUCUGUAUGCCAACACCGUGCUCUCUGGAGGCAGCACCAUGUACCCAGGCAUUGCCGACCGGAUACAGAAGGAAAUCGUAACCCUGGCACCCAGCACCAUGAAAAUCAAGAUCAUAGCCCCCCCAGAGCGGAAAUAUUCUGUCUGGAUUGGGGGCUCCAUUCUGGCCAGCCUGUCCACGUUCCAGCAGAUGUGGAUCAGUAAGCAGGAAUACGACGAGGCCGGUCCUCCUAUCGUUCACAGGAAAUGCUUCUGA